AUGGCGGACAAUCUGGGGAAACAACUUUGGUUGGACUCCAUCGACAUUGGCUCUGAAUUCGUGGCGGUCUCGGGUGUAUUUAACGACGGCAAUUUCUUCAACUAUUUGAAUGAACAACAAGAGAUUGAAUACGUCGAACCCAAUCAGAUUUACAAAGCCGCAGUCGUGCUUCCUCAAGAAAAAUGGCAGUGGAACGAUAAACCGACGUGGACUCAACAACUCGUUCGUUCCGGCAAAUCCUUGUACAAGCGAGCCGUCAGCAAAGUGGCUUCUCCCAACUGGGGAUUAGCCCGCCUUAACCAGCGCGAGAAUGGUCAUCUCGAAGAAUACAGUUUUGAUGAAGAAGCCGGUGCGGGAAUCCAUGUGUUUGUCCUUGAUACGGGUGUUCAUGUGGAGCAUGCCGACUUCGAAAACCGUGCGGUUGUUUCGGCUAAUAUGGUGGCCCAUGAAGACGAUACCGAUUUUGGCGGCCACGGAACUCACGUUGCUGGCAAAGUGGCCGGUAAAGUGUAUGGUGUGGCUAAAGCGGCAUCGAUCCAUGCUGUCAAGAUUUUGGAUAAAGCAGGUGACGGAACCACCAGUAAUCUGAUCAAGGGCAUUUCGCAUGUGAUUCAGGUCGCUCCACGUGGCAAAAGCUUAAUUAAUCUGUCACUUAGCGGACCGAAAUCGCGCAUGAUUGACGAAGUGUUGAGCAAAGCGGUCAAGGAGUUCAACAUUCCUAUUUUUGUCUCGGCGGGCAAUGCUGGUAGUGAUGCUUGCUAUUUCUCGCCUUCUUCCAACGGUGAUGUGUUUGCUGUGGGUGCUACAGAUAUUAACGAUGAAGUCCCUUUUUACUCGGAUAUUGGACCAUGUGUUCGUCUUUACGCACCGGGCUCCGACAUUAAGAGUACCUGGAUUGGCGGUUUAGACGAAACAAAGACCCUGGAUGGCACAAGUAUGGCCAACCCUCAUGUGGCUGGUAUUGCGGCGACUUUGAUGUCUCGCAAAAAUUAUGCAACGGCCAGCGAGUUAUACAACGAUUUGACGGCCUUGGCCACCAAAGACAUUCUGGCCUUCCGCUCCACAAGACCCGACAUGCCAAAGAGCAACAACUUGAUGGCCUACAAUGCCGUUGGAAACGAAUAA